AUGCUUUUACUUUAUGAAAUCAACCGCGCUCUAUACGAAACUCACGCGGGCGUCGCCGCGAGUAAAAGCUGGCACCGUCAUACCACCGCCGCUCCUGACGCGUCGACAGAUUCACCGCGACAGGUAACAAACUGGCAGCGCUCUAAUGUGCUCGCCGAAAGCUGGACCGUUCGCAAAACGAUAAAGCCGCCCGUUUAUCACGGCCAUAAAGUGUUAAUGCCAUCAAAUAUACACUCAGCAGCACGAAUGCGCGAAACG